GUUUUUUCAUUCAUUCAUUCGAUUCCCCAUCAAAGGGAAAUGUUGAAAUGUUUUUACUGAAUUAAAUUGUAAUUUAUUACUAUGGAAUCUAUUACACCCGAUCUCAGUCCUGAAGAUAAGUGCAAUUUCAAUGGGGACUGUUCACCACCGCCAAGAAACUCUAUCCAUGAGCUGAAUUACAACCGAAAUAUCGAUGACAUCUCUACUCCAUCGGAACUCAAAUUUGAUCAAGAUGAAGAUGAAAUAGAAGACCCUGAGAUUACAGAAAAAAAGAAACUUAUUGAAAAAUGUCUUCAAGACCCUAACACUACUUUGGAACAGUGGAAAUAUUUGGCAAAAAGCAAGGGAGGCCUAAUAUUAGAUGAAUACAGAAGAAAGAUUUGGCAUCAGCUGGUAGGAGUGACAAAAGAUGAAAUGACGGAACCUCCAUCCUUAGAUGAACUUUCUACUCACAGUGAAUAUAAUCAGGUUGUAUUGGACGUGAACAGAUCUCUGAAACGGUUUCCCCCUGGUAUCCCGUACGAGCAGAGAGUAGCGCUCCAGGACCAGCUGACAGUGCUCAUACUGCGGGUCAUCAUCAAGUACCCACACCUCAAAUACUAUCAGGGCUACCACGACGUGGCAAUAACCCUGCUCCUCGUCUGCGGCGACGUGUCCUCAUUCCCGCUCCUGUGCCGGCUGUCGCACGGCGAGGCGGCACCCCUGGCGCCGUUCAUGCAGCUCACCAUGCGGCCCACGCAGCACCGGCUCAACUACAUGCUGCCUAUUGUGAGGAGGAUCGAUGCGGAACUGGCGGAUUAUUUGGACAAAUCACAAGUGGGAACCAUGUUCGCGCUCCCCUGGUACCUCACCUGGUUCGGGCACAGCCUGAACGCCUAUUCCGCCGUGGUGCGCCUAUACGACUACUUCCUGUGCGCGCCGCCGCUGUUCCCCGUGUACGUGACGGCGGCCAUCGUGGCGCAGCGCGCGCCCGAGCUGCUCGCCGCGGAGUGUGACAUGGCGGUGCUGCACUGCCUGCUGUCCCGGUUACCCGAUGACUUACCAUUUGAAGACAUCUUGGUAACGGCGGACCAACUGUACAAAGAACACGAUCCCAGUACUCUCGAAGAAGAAGUUAUUUUAUUCGAAAAGAAAGAAGAAGAACAACGAAAACUGGACGAGGAGCGCAUGCGCAGACGUCAGAUCGCGGCGCGCAACGCCCGCAACCCCACCCUGUAUGUGCGCCUCGAGCGGCGACUGAAACGCUGGCUCAACAUGCGGCUGCCACUGUCCUACCGCACUGUCCUGGCCACUGCUACUGUCCUGGUUGGAGUCUACGCGUAUUACCGACCGGAUUUCCUGUUUAACAGACACGGUGACGAUGGAAUGGACCUGUAGGGUGUUUUGGCUGUAAAUAAAAUCAAGAUUCAUUUGUUUAAA